AACCGCGCACAACCGCACGCGCGCUUCAGAGACUGGUGCGUGAGCGCGCGCGUGGGCUACAGUAGUUUCUCUGCUGAAAAAAACUUAAAACGUGUGUAUGUGUGCACGCGCGCGCGCGUUGUACAGUUGGAGAGGAAACAGGACCCAUCCAUAACGCAACACUCAAAGAAAUCGACUUAAGGGAACCAGCAGGUACCGGUGAUCCAAACAACUUUUGACUGUGGGAAUGAACUCCACCAUCACGUCAUGGUGUAACUGGGUGUGCUGGGUUCAGUGGUGCAUGUACAUGCCCAUUUUGGUUUUUGGAUUCCCCUUGAACCUGGCAGCUCUGUGGCAGCUCCUCUUCCAUGUCCGACGCUGGAGUGAAUCCACGGUUUACCUUCUCAACCUGAUAAUAAACGACAUGUUGCUGAUGUUUUCCCUGCCCUUUAAGAUAUACGCAUACGAGAGGGCCUGGACCCUCGGCCCUACCUUCUGCUCCUUACUGGAGAGCCUGCUCUACGUCAACAUCUACGGCAGUAUAAUGUUGAGCGUAUGCAUUGCUGUUGACCGCUUCAUUUCUCUACAGUUCCCGUUCGCUGCCCGUCGCCUGCGGUCUCCACGCAAGGCAAUUGUCGUGUGCCUGUUGGUUUGGAUAGGGGUCUUUGCAGCCAGCGUUCCCAUCUACAAGCUCCACGACACGGGCAACAACGCAUCUCGUUGCUUUCAGCAAUUUUCCAAAGACACCUGGUCAAAAAGUGGGCUCGUGAUUGCUAUGGAGACAGUGUUUUGCAGCAGCACCGCGGUGAUGGUGUUCUGCUCCGUGCGUGUGGUGCAGAUCCUCCACGAUCUGAGGAAACGCAACCCGGACGAUUACAAACUGCGCAACAACAAAAGCAUAAAGAUUGUCCUUAGCAACCUAAUGGUCUUUCUCACAUGCUUCAUCCCUUACCACAUAGCAGCACCGAUGUACUUUCAUGUCAAGGUCAAUACACCAGAUGAUCUCAUGAUCGAUCAGCUGCGCUACUUUAUUCAUAUAAGCAUUUGCAUAAGCAACGUGAAUUGCCUGGCAGAUGGUGCAUGUUAUUAUUUUAUUCUUAAGGAGAACAUGCAAUCUGCGCAGCGAGAAAGAAGAAUGGCCAUACAAACCAGAGAGACACGAAUACGAAAACCAGACAGCCUAACGAAAUGCAGAGAAAUGUGUAACAGUUUGUCCAAAAACACAGAGUUGGAAAUAUGUGUGGAUACGGGUUUUACAUAAAGUCGUACAAAAACCUCAACAGGGAAAGAAACAGAAGGGAAACGGUAAAGCAACAAAGGAUGGCGGUGAGCGGAUACACAUGGAUACUGAUGGAGCCAUGGAGUAUACACUUAAAAUACUCACUGUAGUAUGGAGCCAAAACACAUGCACUGGUUGGUUAGUUGGUUGUUCUUCCAACCAGAAGUGUCAUGCUCAUGCAAACAUUUGAUAGUAAAGUUGCACUAUUAGAAUAGACUACGUGAAUUGCUGUGUCAUACCACUGCAGAGUCAUUUGGUUUUGUUAUCAUCUACCCAACGUUAUGUUGCUAAAAAAAGCUGUGAAAUGUGAAAGACGUUAUAGUUGAUGCUGCUAAAUGUAUGGUUUACAGGAUGCCAAGUUUAGUUGAAAAUGUUUUUUAUUAUUGUACAGACGGUCAGGAUUUAAACUAAAGCAGGCUUACAUAUGUCGCACCUUUUUAAAAAGCACUAUGAUGUUAAAAAGACAAAGUCAUUCGUGUCUUAUCUGCUCUUUGUCUUAUCUCACCUCGAAACAGUCGGUGCAUGGCACCAUUGCUACAAAGCAAGAUCAAAGUGCUCGUUUUUUAAACGGAUAUUUCACAUUUACAUUUUUUGCAAAGUAUUUGAUUUCCUAUUUAUUUUUGUAUAUGAUUGGACAUGUUGGACUACUUAAUAAAUAUGUUUGAAUGUU